GAGAAAGCGGUUUGCAAGAACGAGGACCGGAGCGCUGGGGCGAAGAGGGAAGGGCAAGAGCCGAGAUAGCCGGGCUAAAAAGCGCCCAGCCAGCAGCACUAGCCCCAAUCGCGCGCCAUCGCCCUUUCUCCGCCAGGCGGCAUGAGCAGCUGCGACGCCAAGGACUACCUGACCAGGAGGGAGAUCCCGCAGCUUUUCGAGAGUUUGCUGAAUGGAUUAAUGUGCUGCAAACCCGAUGAUCCCGUGGAGUAUUUGGAAAGCUGCUUACAAAGAGUAAAGGAGCUGGGGGGAGCAGAAAAAGUCAAAUGGGAUACUUUUGUCAGCCCAGAAAAAAGGUCACUGCCUCCACUUAACGGCAACCAGUCAAGAAGAGCAUUUUUCAGGAAUGUGAUGCCUGACAACCCCAACUUUCCUUACCGGAGGUAUGAUCGACUUCCUCCAAUUCACCAAUUCUCCAUUGAGAGUGACACGGAUCUCUCAGAAACAGCUGAACUUAUUGAGGAAUAUGAUGUGUUCGAUCCAACCAGGCCUCGACCCAAAAUCAUCCUAGUCAUAGGUGGACCUGGCAGUGGUAAAGGAACCCAGAGCUUAAAAAUAGCAGAACGCUAUGGAUUUGAGUAUAUCUCUGUGGGUGAAUUGUUAAGAAAGAAGAUCCAUAGCACAAGCAGCAAUCGGAAGUGGAGUCUGAUUGCUAAGAUAAUUACAACUGGGGAAUUAGCCCCACAGGAAACCACAAUUACUGAGAUAAAGCAAAGGUUAAUGCAAAUUCCUGAUGAGGAAGGUAUCAUUAUUGAUGGAUUUCCACGAGACGUUGCCCAAGCUCUUUCCUUUGAGGACCAAAUCUGUACCCCAGAUUUGGUGGUGUUCUUGUCCUGCUCAAAUCAACGGCUACAAGAACGCCUAAUGAAACGUGCCGAACAGCAGGGGAGGCCGGAUGAUAAUCUGAAAGCUACACAGAGACGCCUGACUAAUUUCAAGCAGAAUGCUGUUCCACUGGUCAAAUAUUUCCAGGAAAAGGAUCUGAUUGUGACUUUGGAUGCUGACAAAGAUGAGGAAGAGGUCUUUCGCAACAUAAGCCUGGCUGUUGACAAUAAGCUGUUUCCCACUCAAGAACCAGGGCCAAGUCCAUGUGAAGUUGACCUUAGUCUCGUUGUGGACCCAGGAGAGAUUCCUGAUCAUGAAUUUAACUUUGAAGAUCAGGCAUAUGAACAGUCAUGUGUUUGCAGGCCUGAAAGUGCAG